CGUCGCAUGGACUUUCUCGCGAUAAGCCCCCGCACUAGACUUCGUACCGCGUGGACAUAUGCACAAAGAACUUUUUGAACGACCAAUUUCUUAGUCUGGCCAAUGGUCACUAGCUUGAGCACAUUCUAAUUUGCAAAUCCGGGGGGGUUUCGGUGUGUCCGAUGAGCUAGGUAGCUCACUACCCUUGCAGAUGGCUUGACUCAUGGUUAUGGUACUGGCUUUGCGCGCUGGAAGUAGUCCCGAAGUGUUUCGCACCGACAAGACACGAGAUUGCCGUGCUGGCCAGCGCAUGCCGCCCCGUCAGUUUGCUUUACGGGCUGUGCAGUUACUUAUUUACGACGACGCGUGCCUACUCUUUCUCUUGUUCCAGUCGUUUCUUCCCUCACUUACCUUUUCGUCGCCUGCUUUUGCCUUUCCUUCCCUUGUAUCUCUCCAACCCUCAACCCCCCCAUCUUCAAACACUUUUCCACAGCCUAUCCUCAGAGAAAGACAACUUUCACAUCCAAUCUGGACACUCCUCUUGCCGUCAUGGCUUCACGGGCUGACCGCGAUGUGGUUGGAGGAAUGACCGAAAACCUUACUGGGGAAAUUAAGAAUCCCCUCGAGGGACUGUCCCACGAUGAGCUCAUGGCCAAUGUCGAGAGCUACGCCACCGAUCAUGACUUGACCGACAUCCUUCCUCUGUUGAAGAAGGGCGCUCUUGCUGGACAGAGGCCAGCAGAGGCGGGCUCUAUCCCCGAGCUUGACGAACAGGAUCGCCACGUCCUUCGUGAGGAGAUCACUCGCCGCUGGCAUCAUCCUUGGGCCUUGUAUUACACGAUCAUCCUGAACUCGAUUGCUGCUGCGAUUCAGGGCUGGGAUCAGACAGGCUCGAAUGGUGCCAACUUGACCUUUGAGAAGCAGUUCGGUAUUCCUAACAAUUCUCCCGAGUGUCCCGACAAGGCUACCUGCGAUCGUAACCAGUGGAUCGUGGGAUUUGUGAAUGCUACGCCUUACAUCACCAUCUGUCUCUUCGCUGGCUGGCUGUCGGACCCGAUCAACCACUUGAUUGGCCGCAAAGGUACUAUCUUCAUUGCGGCCAUCUUCAGUCUUCUCGCACCCAUUGGAUCUGCUUUGACCCAAACCUGGGGCCAGCUCGUCGCUUGCCGUGUUUUACUAGGCAUCGGAAUGGGCCUCAAAGAGGUCACUGUUCCUGUCUUUUCCGCGGAAAAUGCGCCUACGAACAUCCGUGGCGGCUUGGUCAUGAGCUGGCAAGUCUGGACGGCUUUUGGAAUCUUCCUCGGGACUUGUGCCAACCUGAUCGUGGCCAAUGUCGGUGAUAUUGCUUGGCGUCUGCAGCUUGGGUCGGCCUUUAUCCCAGCUGUUCCGUUGCUUCUUGGAGUUUACUUCUGUCCCGAGUCUCCACGCUGGCUGAUCACCAAGGGCAAGCACCGUAAGGCGUAUGAGUCUCUUCUUCGCUUGCGUAAUAGCCCCCUACAGGCUGCUCGUGAUCUUUACAUGAUCCAUGCUACACUGGUUGAGGAGAAGAGUUUGCUCGAGGCCGCUGGGUUCGCAAAGACGAACAACAUGUUUGUUCGUUUCUUUGAGCUUUUUACUGUGCCUCGUCUCCGCCGUGCGACUCAGGCUUCUGGUAUUGUAAUGAUUGCCCAGCAGAUGUGUGGAAUCAACAUUAUCGCAUUCUACUCGUCGACAAUCUUCUCUUUGGCCGGCGCAGACAAUAUUCAUGCACUUUUGGCAUCAUUUGGAUUUGGGCUCAUCAAUUUCGUCUUUGCUUGGCCCGCUGUGUGGACCAUCGAUACCUAUGGACGACGGACCCUCCUCCUCUUCACUUUCCCAAAUAUGUGUUGGACACUCCUCUGCGCAGGCUUCUGCUUCUGGGUUCCCGGAAAGACUGGCCAUCUGGGCUCGAUUGCCUUCUUUAUCUAUCUUUUUGAUGCCUUCUAUUCGCCUGGUGAAGGACCCGUUCCUUUCACCUAUUCAGCCGAGGUCUUCCCACUCUCGCACCGUGAGGUCGGCAUGGCGUGGGCCGUUGCUACCAAUAACUUCUGGGCAUCGAUUUUGUCCUUGACAUUCCCAUACAUGCUACGAGCUUUCACUGCUCAGGGUGCCUUUGGGUUCUAUGCUGGCUUGAACCUCGUAGCUUUUGUUUUGAUCUUCCUGUUCCUCCCGGAGACAAAGCAGCGAUCCCUGGAAGAGCUCGAUUAUGUGUUUGGCGUCCCUACUCGCACCCACGCCAGAUACCAACUCACUCAAGUUCUGCCAUGGUGGAUCAGACGAUACAUCUUUGGUCGAAAGGGUGCUACUUGUCCCGAGCUGUACAGGAUCAGCGAGGCUACCGAACCACAGUCGGACGAAGGACAGGAUGUUGGCGAGGUCCUGAGUGUCACUGGGGCCAAAGAAAAGAACGAUGACGCUGCUUGAGACGCAAGAAUGAGAUGCAGUGCGGUCGGGCCUUUUCGAGUUCUUCC